UCUAGACUCUAGACCUUUGGCGAUCUGUCUAUUAAUUUGUGAUUUUGUGACCUGUGCAGCCUGUGGCGACUUUAACACAGCCAACCUCUAUUAAAUACUACAAUUGUUUAAGAUAGAAAAUGUCACGCUAUCGUGAAUGGGACCUGUCCUGUAAGGUAUAUGUUGGCAAUCUGGGUAGUAGUGCAAGCAAACAUGAAUUAGAAGGUAAAUUUAGUAAAUAUGGCCCUCUGAGAAAUGUGUGGGUGGCCAGAAAUCCACCUGGUUUUGCAUUUGUGGAAUUUGAGGACCCACGAGAUGCUGAAGAUGCAGUGAGAGGACUAGAUGGAGUACACUUGUGUGGUACAAGAGUGAGAGUAGAAAUGUCCUCUGGAAGAAGUCGACGAGGCGGUGGUGGUCGCAGACCUGGUCCUAGAUAUUCCAGGUCGAGAUCUCGCAGCCCUCGCAGGAGAUCAUUGACUCGCAGUCGCAGCCGAGAUCGUCGUUCACGUUCGGAUUCCCGCGACAGACGUUAGAUGCUAAAACGGGGCAAAGAAAGGAAUCGACCGAUUUUACGUGCUGAACAGAAGAUAAGAGAGCAACAAGAGAUAGAGUGAGAGGCAAUUUUGUAUAUACAUACAAUUUGUUAAUUUUCCAUAUAUACACAGACACAUAUGCUCACGUUCGAGACUAUAAAUGACGAUGAUAAAAAAAAUGUGAAUUAUGCAAGUUUAGAAUAUGAAAAAAUGGUAGUAAUUUAAUUAACCAAUUUUUUGCAACCAAACAACCAAACGUUGAUUAAAUUACUACCAUUUUUUAAUUAUCAUCUGGUAACUUCACAGUUUUUUCACAUCUUUUAGAAUAUGAAUUGUAUUCUUUUAAGUUGUACUAUCAUAUAUACUAUACGUAGCUUAUAAAUACACAAAUGAAUUAUACUAAUACACAUCUUUUGUGGCACAUCUACUCUUAUAUAUCUAUGCACGUUACAAACAAUUACGUACAUCUGAUUGAUUGUGUUAUUUGAGUGAAUAAUUAAAUGCGCCGAAGUACGUCGAUAAAUUUAUGAAAUAAAAUGUGAUCACUACUUUUGUAAAAAUCGUGAUUAUUUUUGGGGUCGAUUAUAAUGAUGAAAAAAGAGAGAACAAAUUUAUUUUUCA